UAGAUAAACACUAACCAGCAAUAACCGUAAGUGUAGUGUAAAACUGGUGCCAGCUCGCAUCUUAUAUAAACAAACAAACCUCUUUCUAUAUUUCUUCCAAAGAACAUUUACUUACAUACAGAACAACAGGAAUCACGAUCGAGUAAACAGUUGCAGAAUCCGUGAUCUGGUGGUGGUGAGAUAUGAUGAAUUCUAGAAGAGACACCCGAAACAACAGAGUUGCUCUUUUUGAUGGCAUUGAGGAGGGUGGAAUCAGAGCAUCAUCAAUGUAUUCCUCAGGUUCUUCCCAUGAAAUUGAUGAGCAUGAUAAUGAACAAGCAAUGGAUGGAUUGCAAGAUAGAGUUAAUCUGCUGAAAAGACUGUCAGGUGAUAUACAUGAGGAGGUGGAUAAUCAUAACCGCAUGCUGGAUCAUAUGGGCAAUGAUAUGGAUUCUUCAAGGGGAGUCCUCUCAGGAACUAUGGACAAAUUCAAAAUGGUAUUUGAGACAAAAUCCAGCCGAAGAAUGUUCUCGCUGGUAGCAUCCUUUGUUGUGAUUUUUCUUAUCAUUUACUAUCUAACUAGGUAAUUGGUCUUUCAUUCAAUCAGCUUGAUGUUGAAUCUGAAAGAAGGCUACUUGCUCUGUUACUGUAAUUAAAUGUCAGUACUUGUAAGAUGUUCCGUUAUGUUUGUAUAAAGAUUUUUACUUUUUAAUAUAUUUUUUCAUUCCUUUUAUA